CUUCUCAUCUGGGCUUCCUGUCGUCACAUUGCGAUCAUAUUUUUUCUCCGUUCACUUCUCCUUUUACACAAAUAGCCCCGGACAUCCGUGUUACCGACCUUGCCUCAGCCACCACAAGGAUAAUCACCAAAUUCUGACUAAAGGACUGAAAAGGUUAAGAACAUCCCAGCAUGGGCAUGAGUAGCUUGAAAUUGCUGAAGUACGUCCUGUUUUUCUUCAACUUACUCUUUUGGUUCUGUGGCUGCUGCAUUUUGGGCUUUGGGAUCUACCUCCUGAUCCACAACAACUUUGGAGUGCUCUUCCAUAACCUGCCCUCCCUCACUCUGGGCAAUGUGCUCAUCAUCGUGGGCUCCAUUAUCAUGGUGGUUGCCUUCCUGGGCUGCAUGGGCUCUAUUAAGGAAAACAAGUGCCUGCUUAUGUCGUUCUUCGUCCUGUUGCUGAUUAUUCUCGUUGCUGAGGUGAUCUUGGCCAUCCUGCUCUUUGUGUAUGAACAGAAGCUGAAUGAGUAUGUGGCUGAGGGCCUGAUGGACAGCAUCCAACGUUACCACUCAGACAACAGCACGAAGGCAGCGUGGGACUCCAUCCAGUUAUUUCUACAAUGCUGUGGUGUAAAUGGCACGAGUGAUUGGAGCGGAGCCCCGCCAGCAUCUUGCCCCUCAGAUCCACUAGUGAAGGGUUGCUAUGUGAAAGCAAGACAGUGGUUCCACUCCAAUUUCCUGUAUAUCGGGAUCAUCACCAUCUGUGUAUGUGUGAUCCAGGUAUUGGGGAUGUCCUUUGCACUGACCCUGAACUGCCAGAUUGAUAAAACCAGCCAGGCCCUAGGGCUGUGACCUGCAACUGCUCUGUGCUGGAGAGACUUGUUUCAUCUCUGGAAAUCCAAAGCCAUUUCUAGCAUGAAGUCUUAAAAGAUCACCUGCUGGACUGGCAUCUUUGCCCUCCUCCAUCUCUUCCCUGCCUAGGUCCCUGUCACAUACAACCAGAGAAGAGGGUGUUGGCCAGGCACUUCCCAUCUUACACAGCAAGACAACCUUUUACCCACUGAUGGCAGCAGCCAUGUCUCUCAAGGUGGUAAAAUUAAUACCUGAGUGUUUUUUGGACAUGAGAGGCCAAGAGAACCUGUGACACUAAUGGCUCAAGAUCAAAGGGUGGGUCCGAGAUAUUAAUUUUUGGAUUUUCCCAUUGCCAAAUUAGUCUCCAGCCUUUAAAUCAUGCCCAGUAUACCCUCCAAAGUCAAGCAAGAGACAAACUAAAGGGAGUUCUGGGUCAAGACUCACUAGAUCAUUGUCACAACCCUCUGUUUCUUUUUGACUAGGGCUAUGGCUAUAAGAAUGACAGAGUAUAUUUUUUACAAAGGGCAAAGUUUCAUGUCAAUUUUCUUAUGAAAAGGUCUUAUUGAUUUAAGUCUUUCUAGAAAAAAACUAUCUAGUGGUUCAUAUCCUGACUUUAACCAGUCUCUUAGCUAAUAAUCACAUUAAGAAGAGGUCUAGUGUUAUAUCUCUAUCAGAUAAGGUUUUGGUAAUGUACAAUUUUAACUCUUCAAUAAAUAAAAUAGCUUAUGAUCUCAA